GAUCAUCGGAAUCCGGAUGUGAUGAAAAUGUUUGAGCUCAAAGUUUCUCCAGCAGCAGCAGCAGCAGCUCGAGCGCGCGGGAGUCUCGCGCGCAAACUCAUUAUUCAGCGUCUGCUUGACAGGGAUUUUUUGCACUAUUUUUGGGAGCAACCUGAACGUUUUUACAGAGUUUUUGAUCCUAAACAGGCCAUUAAGGAAACUUUUUCUAACGGGACUUCGAUUCGCCCGAGGAAAGGAUGCGAACGAAGGCGUUUGGGAGUUAACAUGUUUGAAAGGUUUGAGGGCUGAAUGCGCGGGGGAUUGUUGUUUUUGGGUGCGUUUAGUAUCUAAACAUCUGGCUCAUGUCCUCGGAGACUAUUUUACCUCCGGAGGGGCCUGAAGGGCCAAAAAAGCAGCUACAAGAGGAGACGAACUCACUUCUGUCCAAAUCAACAGAUAAAUGCAACAGCUGCAUUGAUCAGUCCUCAGAUGCUACAGAAACAUCCCAAACUCCGAUACCGGGAGAUGCCACUUCAGAUGGGCAGGAUCACAUGACCGAGAACCACACCCACGAUGGGCUUGUUAGAACUCAACCUCAGCCUCUGCCCCAGCCAGCAACAUCCCUGCAACAUGGCAUGGACGGAGAGGCUACCAGACAGCAGAACGGCCUGCACACGGUGCUAAGUAACGGCCACGGCACUCCCCGCGGGGUCACACAGCCGCCCUCCGAGUCCAGGAAGCACCCAUCGCCUGUCUCGCACCGCGUGCAGAGAAAGCUUCGCUCUAGUCUGUCUGUCAACAGCGACAGCAGCAGAAGGAGCAAAAGCAGCUCGACGGGUUCCCAUAAACCCGGCUCAACUCCAGAGGACUGCUGUGUCCAUUGCAUCCUGGCCUGCCUGUUUUGUGAAUUUCUCACCCUGUGCAAUAUGGUGGUGGCUCAGGCCUCCUGCGGCACCUGCACGUCAGAAGCCUGUUGCUGCUGCUGCUGCGCAGAUGACCUGGGAGACGACUGCAACUGCCCCUGUGACAUGGACUGUGGCAUUAUGGAUGCGUGCUGUGAGUCCUCGGACUGCCUGGAGAUCUGCAUGGAGUGCUGUGGGAUCUGUUUCCCAACAUAAAAGCCCUGAUACAUGCAGGCCACAGCCAGGACAGAUGUUGAGCUAGAGAGUGUGUGUGUGUGUGUGUGUGUGUGAAUGAGAGCUAGGGAGUGUGUUCUUCUGUUCCUGAGCUCAAGACGACCAUAAAGGUCAACAGAAAGGACUAAAAUACAUUACAUGCUUCACGUAUUCUCGUAGACUAAAAGUGCAUAAAGACAUAGAUAUUCAGCGCUUUAUAUUAAAUGCUUUAAUGUACCAGAGCUUGUUCUAUUUACUGUUUUUUACAUCUCUUUGCAGAGGUUUUUGACAUUUAUUCUUUUGUUUUUAAAGACACUUCACACUUUAUAAUUUUAAAAACUUGCAGAUGUUGAAAUUAAAACGGUAGACGUCACACAACUUGAGGUCGCUCUGCACAUCACUGUAAUUUGAGUGGAAACGCGGCGCUUUCACACUGUCAGAGGUCAAGCCUUUGUGGGUGUUAAGUGGGAUUCUUAUUUUGAACUGUUUCUGAAAAACAGAGAGGGCUGUUUAAAUGAUACUAAUUUUGUAAGUCUUUAUUUAAACUGCGUCUACUGUAGCUCAUUUAAUUAAAUAUCCCUAAGUUCUUGAAACGACAUUAGCAGUUAGCUUGCUGGUGCUUUAAAGACACACAGAUGAACUGGAUACAGAGAAUAGUGUAGAAUGCAGAUGCCGAAAUCCACUUUAUACAAGUUUUUUCGUAGCUCUAUAAGUUGCGUGUAAACUUGACUUUUUGUUUUCUUUAUUAAGCCUCUGCUAAGGAUACACUAUAGCUACACUAAGCACCUUUUUGCUUUAGUACUUAAGUGAACGCUAAAUACACUAUUGCAAAGUGUUAUUUUCCUUGACUGUUAAAUCAUACAUGUAGUUCAGAUUGCAUUGCCUAAGGCCUUCUUGUGAAUUGUACAAAGCUGGCAUUUGUCGGCAUUAUGUAAGCUAAUGUUAGCAUCAUAACGUUAACACAGUUGGUUUUUUGUUCAUAGUGCGCAAUGCCUUCGGUACGCCGUGCGUUUGUGAUUCGUCUGACUCAUCUCGUCAAAACUGCUUAGGACAUAUUUGCCAAACUGCACUUCAGAAAAUAGUGUGACUCAACUGACCUGAAACAUUCAACUGAACCCGGUUCAAAACAAACAACUUUACCUCUACAGACUUUACCUCUCCAGAAUCAGACUAGUUCUUGUGCGUCUUUUGAUGAGACCCACUUAAAAAAACAAAAACUCUCUUACACUGAAAAUAUGCAAAAGUAUAGUUGAUUUAGGAUGCUAUAAGUUUGUUGUUACUGUAAAGGCUUUUCAAAUGAAAGAAAUGCAUUUUAAUGGUAAGCAAACUAAUUCAUUUCGUGAGGUUUUCAUUUCCAAAUGAAUAUAUAUAUAUAUUAAGGAGAACUUUAAAAUGCACAUAAAUAUAUACGUUGACAAAUAAAUUGAUGUAAAAUCUCCUUGCUCAGAGCAAAACAACUAUUUAAUUAAAAAACGAUUAAAAUAUAAAUUAAAUUAAAAUAGACAGUUAUUUAAAUUUAAUUGCGACACAAACGUGUCUUCCAAUUCUCGUCUGUAGCUAAUUGCAAUUUCAGACGACCAGACAAAAAUGUAAUAUGUCUAUUAAAAAAACAACAAUUAUUCUUUCCACAUAAAAAUUCAGGUGCCAUAAUUAUGAAACUUAUUUUUUUCAAGAAUGUGAAUAGAGCUUAGCAUUUUCUGUAUUCAUACUGUAUUCAGCCCAUUUUGAUGUUUCUGUGUUUUUCCUUUUUGUCCUCAAUUCAUUUUUUGAUGUUUUCAGUACAGUAUGUACCAAGGGUUGUUUUGUUAAUGAACCGUCAACAUUGCAAUUUUCAAAAAAAUAAAAUGUUAAACUGGA